AUGGGAAACACAUUAACCUAACACGGAAAUACAAUAUUCAUAUGCAAUUUUUAAGUAAUAUUUACAUUAAUUAAAAUAAAAGCAGGCAUCCCUGGUUGCAGUUUCAAUCGGUUUGCACCAUUCAUUUGCAUCAGCGCAUCGCCCAUGAUGCACACACCCUGUUAUGCCGCACGGCUACAUUUUUGUAUUUUUUGGUCAUUGGCAGAGAACAAAACAAUUUCAUGCGAUUUCUCUUAACAACCAGCCCUGCCUGCACAGGAUCUCGGAGGUAGUUAAUAAACAGUGUUUCAUACUGUUUUAAGCAUCCUCAUUCCACACACUCACCAACAACCCCGCCUGGGUUCCCCUCAACACCCCACGAGCGAGCGAGCUAGCAAGCGAGCGCGUGCGUGAGCCAGCCACUCCACGUGACGUCACAUCCAGCAUGGCGGUCAAGGUGCAAUCAACAAAGAGAGCCGAUCCGAAUGAGCUGAAGGCUAUCUUCUUAAAGCAUGCCAGCGUUGUGGACAAGGAUGGCGAGCAUUACAUGACCCCGACUGACUUUGUACAGAGGUUCCUGGGCCUACAUACACAGCCCCACCACAACCCCAAGACCGUCCAGCUCAUCGCCGGGGUGGCUGACACCACUAAAGAUGGGCUCAUUUCCUUCCAGGAGUUUCUCGCCUUUGAGUCAGUACUGUGUGUCCCGGAUGCCCUUUUUAUAGUAGCCUUUCAGUUAUUUGACAAGACUGGCACGGGGAACAUCUCAUUUGAAAAUGUCCAAGAUAUCUUUAGCCAGACCACGGUCCACCACCACAUCCCCUUCAACUGGAACUGUGACUUCAUCAGGCUGCACUUCGGCCACGACCGCAAGAAGCACCUCAACUACCUGGAGUUUACACAGUUCCUGCAGGAGCUACAGCUGGAGCAUGCCCGCCAGGCAUUUGCACAGAAGGACAAGGUGAAGAGCGGCGCCAUCUCUGCCCUGGACUUCAGUGACAUCAUGGUCACCAUCCGCCACCACAUGCUCACACCCUUCGUGGAGGAGAACCUGGUGUCGGCUGCAGGGGGAGGCACCUCACACCUGGUCAGCUUCUCCUACUUCAAUGCCUUCAACUCACUGCUCAACAAAAUGGAGCUAAUUCGCAAGAUCUACAGCACACUGGCCGGCUCGCGGAAGGACACGCUGGUCACCAAAGAGGAAUUUGUCAACGCCGCCAACAAGUUUGGUCAGAUCACGCCGAUGGAGAUUGACAUCUUGUACCAGCUCUCCGGCCUCCACUCACAUUCUGGACGCCUAAACCUGGCGGACAUCGAGCGGAUAGCGCCACUGGAGGAGGGAGCGCUGCCAUAUCACCUCGCUGAGAUCCAGAGACAGCAGACGCAAGGUGAGGUGUCCCGACCGGUCUGGCUCCAGGCUGCGGAAUCCGCCUACAGGUUCACCCUGGGCUCCAUCGCUGGAGCCACGGGGGCAACGGCUGUGUACCCCAUUGACCUGGUGAAGACCCGCAUGCAGAACCAGCGCUCCACGGGCUCCUUCGUGGGGGAGCUGAUGUACAAGAACAGCUUCGACUGUGCCAAGAAGGUUCUGAGAUAUGAGGGCUUCUUCGGCUUCUACAGAGGUCUACUACCGCAACUUUUAGGUGUUGCGCCUGAGAAGGCCAUCAAACUCACAGUGAACGACUUUGUCAGGGACAAGUUUACCACGAAGGACGACACCAUCCCCCUGUUUGCCGAGGUGCUAGCUGGUGGCUGUGCUGGGGGCUCCCAGGUCAUCUUCACCAACCCUCUGGAAAUCGUGAAGAUCCGUCUUCAGGUGGCCGGGGAGAUCACCACGGGGCCGCGGGUGAGCGCGCUCAGUGUGGUCAAGGACCUCGGCUUCUUCGGCCUCUACAAGGGAGCCAAGGCCUGCUUCCUGCGAGACAUCCCCUUCUCGGCCAUCUACUUUCCAGUGUACGCCCACACCAAGGCGGAGAUGGCAGACGAGCAGGGCCGGGUGGGCCCCUUGCAGCUGCUGACCGCCGGAGCCAUUGCAGGUGUCCCUGCCGCUUCCCUGGUGACCCCUGCCGAUGUCAUCAAGACGAGACUGCAGGUGGCAGCGCGUGCGGGGCAGACCACAUACAACGGCGUCGUCGACUGCUUCCGGAAGAUCCUGCGUGAGGAAGGCUUCAGGGCCCUGUGGAAGGGUGCUGGAGCUCGUGUCUGCAGGUCCUCCCCGCAGUUCGCCGUCACCCUGCUGACCUAUGAGCUCCUGCAGCGAUGGUUCUACGUCGAUUUUGGAGGACACCGUCCUGCUGGGUCAGAACCGACCCCCAAGUCGCGGAUCUCAGAGCUGCCCCCCACGAGUCCGGACCACGUGGGUGGCUACAGACUGGCCUCUGCCACCUUCGCCGGUGUGGAGAACAAGUUCGGCCUGCACUUGCCUAAGUUCAAGUCGUCAGGCGUGGUGUCAAUCCAGCCACCACCACGCAGGGAAGCGCGAGACUCUUAGAGACUUUGAUCUCCAGCCCAAAGUCUUCCGCCGGUUUGCAUGAUCUCUGAGCCAGAUGUGUUACAAAACAUUUCUAUGAAUCCUUUGUACAAGCAGAUCGGCGAGCUCAUCCUUGUGGCUUCAUUCUGAACUGUACCAGUCUCUUGAUUUUAAACUUUGCAUGAACACGGCUUUCCUGGUUUUGCUUUGCGUAGGUUGCACAUGCCGUCCUGUACAUAUUGUACAUUCCCCCCCCCGCUAUAGUGUUUGAACAAUCUCUGCGAUCCUGGAUAAUAGCUCAUGUACAGGUGUUUGAGGUUUUAUUCAGGGGAAAAAAGUUGGAUGAGUAGUAAAUAAUUUAAUGCAUUUUAUUGAAAUAAUCAGUACAGUUUAACUUGCUGGAAGAAGCAGGUUUUGAUGUUCAUUACACAGUGGGAUGUGCAAAAGAAAGUCUUACAGGGAGGAAAACCAUUGUUUACAUCAUUAGCAAUUUAAGUGUAUAAUGUCUUAUUUUAUUCUAUCCACCUCAAAUAAAAAAAAGGUCCUAUGGUCUAA